AUGAAUAUUUUAUUUUAUAGUAAAUAUGUAUAUAUUUUGUUUUUUAUUUUUAGGUUGCCCUACAACCGUUACAAAUGUAUUAUUAUUUUUAAAUUAAAAAGAAUAAAAUUUAUUUUUUAUGUUGAAACUAUUGCUGUUGCUCCAACAAUUUGUCGACGUGGCGGUAAUUGGUUUGCGAGUUUUGGAAGAGAAAGGAAUCGAGGAACUAAACUUUUUUGUAUUUCUGGUCAUGUAAAUGAACCGACAACAGUCGAAGAAGAAAUGUCUAUUCCUUUGCGCGAUCUAAUUGAAAGACAUGCUGGUGGGGUUAUUGGAGGAUGGGAUAAUUUAUUGGGUAUAAUUCCUGGUGGAUCUUCUGUUCCUGUUAUUCCUAAGAGCAUAUGUGAUGAUGUUCUAAUGGAUUUUGAUGCGCUGAUUAAGGUUGAGUCUGGAUUGGGAACUGCGGCCGUUAUUGUUAUGAAUAAGCAGUGUGAUAUUGUAAAAUGUAUUGCACGUCUAAGUAUGUUCUAUAAACAUGAAUCGUGUGGACAGUGUACACCUUGUCGUGAAGGUUGCAAUUGGCUUAAUAAAAUAAUGUGGCGUUUUGUGGAAGGAAAAGCUGACCCAAAAGAAAUUGAUAUGAUAUGGGAAUUAACUAAACAAAUUGAAGGGCAUACAAUUUGUGCUUUGGGUGAUGCAGCUGCUUGGCCUGUACAAGGGUUAAUUCGGCAUUUUAGACCUGGUAAGAAUUUAUUUCAACUUAAUACAUAUAUUAAAUUCAUAAAUUAUAUUAGAAUUGGAACGACGUAUGGCAGAAUAUUCUAA